CGCAUGCGCAGUCUGAGUGCGGAGCCGCAGGAGAUCAGCGCUGCACUCUGGGGGAAGUCACACCAACACUCAUGAGUGCCAAAGUGAACAUGGAGGCUCCACCCAAAGAAUCAGAUCACACCACUUCGGAUCCAUCCUCUUCAACCCCCGGAGACACCAUCGUCAUCUGUGGCAGCAGUGAUGGCGUGAUGGCCAAGAAGGUUUGCCCGCAUCCUCACACCACGACCACCACCACUACAGCUCUGUUCCUACCAGUACCUGGUCAUCAAAAGGUCGAGGUCACUUCAGCUGUUGCAGUAGGAGACCUCACGAAAGGGGGCAGGAUCAGUGAGACAACACCACCCACACUGACUGCUCAAGUUGGCGGGGCUUGUAGUAUUGUCCACGUCUUGGAAUGGAAAGAGGGGAUGGCCAUCCUGCCAAGCAACAAUCUCAAGUUCUGCGUGAGCGAUGUAGGGACACUGAGUACACUGAUCACCCCCGGGGCCACUGGCAGCACCACCGAACCAACAGCAGGGAUUUCUGGGUCCACUGAUGCAGAAAGUGUUUCACAAGACAAGCAAGAUCUGUCAGCUCCUGUCGGCUCAGUGAGGGGUAUGGCUGUGGAGCCAGACAGGCUGGUUCAGGCAAGACCUGAACUCAAGGUUGGAGGACCAGCACAACAGAAUCAUGAACACAGAGCUCAAAGGAUGCACACAGAAGAGCUGCGGAGAGACCCGAUUGCCGACAGGAGGAGUGUUGGAAUAGAAAAAGUCCCCGCAGGCGGGAGGAUCUCCUCUCUGAAUCCGGACCACCUGAAACCUAUGAGGAAGAGGAAGAAGAAGGAGUACCUCAGUCCGUCUGAGGAUGACUCCGACAUUGAGGGCACGGACGAGAAAAUGGAUGAUUCAAAAGCAGAUGUCAGACAUAUCAGAGGAGGUGGGGAAAAUAAGCUGGAGGUGUGGACGUGGGCCAAUUAUCUAGAGGAAACCAAAGCUGUCGCUGCUCCCAACAACCUUUUCCAAGAGACCCAGCGAGUGCCAACAGUAAAAAGCAGCUUUAAACAGGGAAUGAAGCUGGAAGGUAUCGACCCACAGCAUCCGUCGAUGUACUUCGUCCUCACUGUGGCUGAGGUCUGUGGUUAUCGGUUGCGACUCCACUUUGACGGCUACUCCGACUGCCACGACUUCUGGGUGAAUGCUAAUUCUCUUGACAUCCAUCCCGCAGGCUGGUGCGAGAGCACAGGGCACAAACUGCACACUCCCAAAGGUUGUAAGGAAGAGGAAUUUACCUGGACCAACUACCUGAGAAUGACAAAAGCACAAGUGGCUCCCAAAGAACUGUUUGCCAGCCCUGGAAGGAUUGAUGUGAAGUGCGGGUUCGAGGUGGGAAUGAAGCUCGAGGCCAUCGAUCGCAUGAACCCCUCCCUCAUUUGUGUAGCAACCAUCACUGAUGUAGUUGAUGAUCGCUUUCUGGUUCAUUUUGACAAUUGGGAUGACACAUACGACUACUGGUGUGAUGCCAGCAGUCCGUACAUUCACCCUAUUGGCUGGUGUCAGGAGAGGAACCUCCCACUAACGCCGCCCCAAGAUUACCCAGACCAGAGUCAGUUCUCAUGGUCUCACUACCUGGAGGAGACUGGAUCUAAAGCAGUUGCUCCUGAAGCCUUUAAAAUGCGCUCACCCCAUAGCUUUCAGCCGCAAAUGAAGCUGGAGGCCGUAGACAAGAGGACCCCCGGUCUGAUCAGAGUGGCAACAGUGGAGGAGGUUGACACUCAUCGUAUUAAGGUCCAUUAUGAUGGUUGGAGUCAUGUGUACGAUGAGUGGAUAGACUCAGAUCACCCUGACAUCCACCCAGCAGGCUGGUGUGAGGCGACCGGACACCCGCUCAAAAUUCCCCCACAAGAUGUCAAAACGCAGCAGCCACACGGUCAGAGGGAGUCUCCUGCUGAAGUUCAGCCCUCCUACCCCACCUCUGUUCCCUGUAAACCCAUCAGCCAUCCCAGAACCACCAAGUACAGCUUCCACAACAGGAAAUGUCCGACUCCUGGUUGUGAUGGUUCAGGUCAUGUGACUGGACGUUUCACCGCCCAUCACUGCAUAUCCGGCUGCCCGCUGGCUGAGCGUAACCAAGGCAGACUGAAGACAGACCUGUCAGACUCAGAAUCCAAGAGGAACCUCUUCUUUGGCCAAAGGACUAAAAAGACCCACUAUCGUGGAAGGAUUGGUCGCCCUCCCAAAUACAGGAAAAACCAGCAGAGAGAAUUCCAGAGCAUGUCCUCGGAGAGUUUGUAUCCGUCACUGUUCAUGUCGGCUCUGAGCGGUCAGUCAGACAGGACAUUGUCUCUGUGCUGGGAGCAGCACUGUAAGCUGCUGCCUGGUGUUCAGGGCAUUCACGCCAGCCAGGUGGCAGCGUGGAGCGUGGAAGAGGUUUUCAGAUUUGUCUGGAAUCUGACUGGGUGUGAAGAACAGGCUCGUCUUUUCAAAGAAGAGAUGAUUGAUGGCGAGGCCUUCCUCUUGUUGACCCAGACUGACAUUGUGAAGAUCAUGAGCAUCAAGCUCGGCCCCGCCCUCAAGAUCUACAACGCCAUUCUCAUGUUCAAGAGCACAGACGAGGGACUCAAGUGAUCCUGCCCUCACUCAUCCGGGCUCAGUCUGCCAAUCAUCAUGUGCCAGAUUCAUCGUGGAAAACACCCUGUGUCCUUUUCAUGUGUUUGGUAUGCUGUACCCAUCAGAGAGGGAGGGGGAGGGGGCGGGGAUUCAUUCGACUCCAGGAAGCACAGCAAGUUGGUGAAAGAUCAUCAAGAAAACAGGGAUUUGUUUUGAGAGAUGAAAGUCCACGUAAAGAGGGCAGAGGUAUGUGAAGUUGAGGAGUUCAUUGGUUUUCACACCUGAUGCGUUUGCUGCGUCCGGGUACAAUCGUUCCUCUGGCAGUUACCUGUGAUUCCCUGGAAUUUUGACCAUAAACCACUUUUUCUUUGUGAAUAUCCAUCUUAAAUGUCACAUUGCACUCAAAAACAAACAGAAAAAACAAACAGAAAACAGUUCAUCAUAAACUAGUUGUUCACUUUAAAUCACUCUUAUAGGAACCUUAAAGGCUCCUUCACACAGG